CGCUUUCCUACGCCCGCGGGGGAGCGGGGAGGGGAGAUGGCGCGCCCCCGCCAGGCGCGCGCUCGGUAGUCGAGGGCGCGGGCUGGGCUGGCUCGUUUGCUCGCUGGUCCGUGCGGGUUUGUUUGUGAGGCGGGGACCGACGCCCCUCCCCCCACACGCUCCCCCUCCCCCCACCCCCCAGUUUCUCACACCGUCCCUCACCUCGGAGCCAAUAUUCCCGAAAUUAAGAGAUACGCUGCGGCGGCGGCGGCGGCGGCUGGAGCUGCGGGGCCCGGGGCGGCUGGGGCCGGGGGGGACCGCAGCGAGGCCGCCGCCGCCGCCAUGGAGGCGCUGGGACCAGGACCACCAGCCAGCCUUUUCCAGCCGCCCCGUCGCCCUGGCCUGGGAACAGUUGGGAAACCAAUCCGUCUCUUAGCCAAUCAUUUCCAGGUGCAGAUCCCUAAAAUUGAUGUUUAUCAUUAUGAUGUGGAUAUUAAACCAGAAAAACGUCCCCGGAGGGUGAACAGGGAGGUUGUGGAUACUAUGGUGAGACACUUCAAGAUGCAAAUAUUUGGGGAUCGGCAGCCUGGCUAUGAUGGUAAAAGGAACAUGUACACUGCACAUCCUCUGCCUAUUGGCAGGGAUAGAGUGGACAUGGAAGUCACACUCCCGGGUGAAGGGAAAGACCAAACCUUUAAAGUGUCGAUUCAGUGGGUGUCUGUGGUCAGCCUUCAGCUGCUCCUGGAAGCUCUUGCAGGGCAUCUGAAUGAAGUCCCAGAAGACUCCGUGCAGGCACUUGAUGUCAUUACCCGGCACCUUCCCUCUAUGAGGUACACCCCAGUGGGCCGUUCCUUCUUUUCUCCCCCAGAAGGUUAUUACCACCCUCUGGGAGGUGGCCGGGAGGUCUGGUUUGGAUUUCAUCAGUCUGUUAGACCUGCUAUGUGGAACAUGAUGCUCAACAUAGAUGUAUCAGCAACUGCUUUCUACCGUGCCCAGCCUAUUAUUGAAUUCAUGUGCGAGGUCCUGGAUAUUCAGAACAUCAAUGAACAAACAAAGCCCCUUACAGAUUCCCAGCGUGUUAAAUUUACCAAAGAAAUUAGAGGUCUAAAAGUCGAGGUUACUCACUGUGGCCAGAUGAAGAGAAAAUACAGAGUUUGCAAUGUUACUAGGCGACCAGCCAGCCACCAAACGUUCCCUUUGCAGUUGGAAAAUGGACAGGCUAUGGAAUGUACAGUAGCUCAAUAUUUUAAGCAGAAGUACAGUCUGCAGUUGAAAUAUCCUCAUCUUCCAUGCCUCCAAGUAGGGCAGGAACAGAAACAUACAUAUUUACCCCUCGAGGUAUGUAAUAUAGUGGCAGGCCAGCGUUGUAUCAAGAAACUAACAGACAAUCAGACAUCAACUAUGAUCAAGGCAACAGCACGGUCCGCACCUGACAGGCAGGAAGAAAUCAGUAGACUAGUGAAGAGUAAUAGCAUGGUAGGUGGGCCUGAUCCAUAUCUGAAAGAGUUUGGGAUUGUUGUCCAUAAUGAAAUGACAGAGCUGACAGGCAGGGUGUUGCCUGCACCAAUGUUACAGUAUGGAGGCCGGAACAAGACUGUUGCUACACCGAAUCAAGGUGUUUGGGAUAUGAGAGGAAAGCAGUUCUAUGCUGGCAUUGAGAUUAAAGUCUGGGCUGUUGCCUGCUUUGCUCCUCAGAAGCAAUGCCGGGAAGACUUGUUAAAGAGUUUUACUGACCAGCUGCGGAAGAUCUCCAAAGAUGCAGGGAUGCCGAUCCAAGGACAGCCAUGCUUUUGUAAAUAUGCGCAGGGUGCAGACAGCGUGGAGCCCAUGUUCAAACACUUGAAGUUGACUUAUGUUGGCUUGCAGCUAAUAGUAGUGAUCCUCCCUGGAAAGACACCAGUUUAUGCUGAGGUCAAGCGUGUUGGGGAUACUCUCCUAGGCAUGGCCACCCAAUGCGUUCAGGUGAAGAAUGUAGUCAAAACUUCUCCACAGACUCUCUCGAACCUCUGUCUGAAGAUCAAUGCAAAGCUUGGAGGAAUAAACAAUGUUCUUGUACCACAUCAAAGGCCGUCUGUAUUCCAGCAGCCAGUGAUCUUCCUGGGAGCAGAUGUCACUCACCCACCUGCUGGGGAUGGGAAGAAGCCUUCCAUCGCCGCGGUAGUAGGCAGCAUGGAUGGCCACCCCAGUCGCUACUGUGCUACAGUGCGGGUUCAGACCUCCCGCCAGGAGACUUCCCAGGAACUUCUGUACAGCCAAGAGGUGAUCCAGGACCUUACCAACAUGGUGCGAGAACUGCUGAUCCAGUUCUAUAAAUCCACACGUUUCAAGCCCACACGGAUCAUCUACUACAGGGGAGGCGUGUCAGAAGGGCAGAUGAAGCAGGUAGCUUGGCCAGAACUCAUAGCAAUCCGGAAGGCCUGCAUCAGUUUGGAGGAAGACUAUAGACCAGGAAUCACUUACAUUGUUGUACAGAAAAGGCAUCACACAAGACUUUUCUGUGCUGACAAAACUGAAAGGGUUGGGAAGAGCGGCAAUGUUCCGGCAGGCACUACUGUGGACAGCACCAUCACGCACCCCUCUGAAUUUGACUUUUACCUCUGUAGUCAUGCAGGGAUUCAGGGAACCAGCCGCCCUUCUCACUAUCAAGUCCUGUGGGAUGACAACUGCUUCACUGCUGACGAAUUACAGCUGCUGACAUAUCAACUGUGUCACACUUACGUCCGGUGCACGCGUUCUGUCUCGAUCCCUGCUCCAGCAUAUUAUGCCAGGCUGGUAGCCUUUAGGGCAAGAUACCAUCUUGUGGACAAAGACCAUGACAGUGCUGAAGGUAGCCACGUGUCGGGACAGAGCAACGGCCGUGACCCUCAAGCGCUUGCCAAGGCGGUGCAGAUCCAUCACGACACCCAGCACACCAUGUAUUUUGCCUGAGGACCACCUGAGGAGCUGAGGCAAAAGCGGCUGCCUUGGCUGGCAGGCGCACCGACUGCUACUGAUGGUCAGGGCCACGUUUGGCCUUGGGCUGCCACCACCAACAGCUCUCCGGUGGGUUGCACCGAAACAGCAUUUGCAGCAACAUCUGAUGCAGACAUGCGAUUGAGCCAUUUUUAUUUUGUGGUUUUCAGUAAAUUGAAAUUUCAUAAGGACAGUCUUUGCAUUGGACUGAAUUUUUACCUCAAAGCGCAAAAGGCUGAUCAUCCUUCAAAAAAAAAAGUUUUUAAAUGGACUUGGCACGAAAGGUUUUUAUUGAAAUAUUUUGCUAAUCGGUUUUUCAGUUACCUCCUUGUUGUCCCCCAUUAAGCUUACCAAGAAAGCUGAAUUGCUCCUGAGCCGCUUUCCCCACUUCUUAGCGAAUCUCCAGAUAUGGCAAACCAUCUUAUUCCACUGUUCUGCUAUGUGGGGGGGUGGGGGCAUAUACAUAUAUAUAGACUUUAUGAAUGGAAUUUUUACUGUAAAACGCCUUUCAACAAACAUCAACUUUCAGAGGUAUUGCUGUUCUUCUUUUCUUUGUCCAGUUUUCCUAGUCCUGUUUUUUUGUAAAUCUCUUUGGCAGUCAUGGGCUGCUGCAAAGCAAUUGCACUAUUAUUGCAAAUUCAUCUAGGUGGUUCUUACUCUGUGAAUGUGUAGCGUGAGCAGACAGCGGUACCCUUCGGCAGAUCUAAACGAAAGACGCAACUGCCACUGUAUGCUUCGCAACGCUGAACUGCUUCUCCCCUUAAAAAGUAAGUGACAAAGUUCUAAAAGAUUAGUUUUAGGUAUUUUUUCAGACAUUACAAAAAGUGCCCAUUUUAUGCUGCUGUGUUUGAUGAAUCAGUCAUUUUUAAUACUCUUUUUCAUAGAAGGUUUUAACUUUGGCAAUAAAUAUUUUUUUUAAAGUAUACCCUGGCCGUAACUUUUCUAGCUGAGCUUUACGUGAGUUACAGCCAACCUUUCUCAUGUAGGUUGACUCUUAACUAUCCUGAAGAGAAAAUUAGACCGUUCUGAAAAGGGGAUCAGAAGAGGCUCCCUUCAUGCUUUUUACAGAUGAUUAUUUUUAACUGUUUUAUAUUCACCAUUGAUCUGUACGCCUCCCUUUUUAUAAGGUUAGAAAGUGGGCGGUCCGCAUAGGAAAGGCUUUGCCAAUAUGUACAGCUGUGUAUAGUGUGACAGUUGCAAUCUGAAGAUUUUUACCAGCAUUUUAAAACGUUGUUCCUCCAAGAAUUUAGAUUGCUCGCAUGUACAGUACCAUUCAAUAGCAUGUGUGAAGUGUAAAUUUAAUAUUCAUCUUGACCUGUUUCUAUAUAUUAGGACUCUUACUUGCUUGAGUCUUUCCCACUAAAAUAUUUAAUUCAGAAGGGAGGGGGGAGCUGCAGAUGUGGUAGUGUUACAUUGAGACUAGCUUGUAAGUGUUAGCGCAAGAUGCUUUAAAUCCCUAGUUUUUAACCUAUGUAAUGUGACACCACUGUGAAAAUUUGGAAUAUUGCCAAUAAUUGCACUCUUAAGUCUCUAAAAUGGGCAGGUGGUGUUGCAGAGUUCUGACCUGGUGAGGUCAGCAGGUACACUGUUGCAGUUUUGAUUUCCUUCAGUCUUUGACAUAAAGCUUGUAAAUAAAUGAAAGUUUACAUUUCUAAAUACUCUUAUUCAGCUGUACACAAAGGAGUACGCUGAAGGCCGUCUUCAUAAAGCAGUUUUGCGAGCUCCUUCCAGAACUGUGGGGGGACAACAGGCUUUUAAAGUUUCCUCUUCCCGCUUGGAAAUGGGAGUGAAGCAAGUUCAGCUCUGGUACCUAGUGUUAAACAGGUUGAGAUACUAGGUUUCUUCUUUCUUUCUCUUAUUUUAAAGAAUACCUCACUUAGGUAAUAAAAAUCAGGACAUGUGGGUAGGGAGAGUAACCGCUGCUUCAGUUAGCCUGCUGCUUUUCUUUCUUUUUCCUUUUUCUAAUUUUUAAAUACUUGUUCAGGGAGAAGAUGCAAGAAUUGAACUCCUGCUGGCCCUAAUGUGUGGAGAACUAAGGCACCUUGAAGAGUUAUAAGCACCUCUUUUAGUGUGUAGGAUUUUGUUUGUAUUGCACUAGGUGUAAGAGCAUGGCAGAGAGAGAAGGGAGGGCAUAAAGAAAAGAUUGGCAGGUGUCCUAGCGCCAGGCAGCUCUUGUGCAGCCUGGGCAAAGAGAGUUGUUCUUUCUCGGUCUGCCUGCCAGGAGGGCCAGCUCUUUGAAUCUCAUGAAAGAAAAACAAGGCCAGGGCUAGCUGAAAUGGUCUUUCAUCUUCUGUAAUAGGGGGGGGGAAGCUCUGACUGGUAUAUUUUUCUGUGUGUUAAGACAACAAGCUAUUGUUGAGACUUCUGUAUUUUUUUUUUUGCAUUGUCACAAUGAAUUUAUCAUCCAAAAAAAGUCUACGGAGAAACUUUUUGCCAACUUUUGCACUUUCUUGGAGUUUUUCAUGAAUUAUUUUCCUCUAUGCUUUAUUAAAAUUUUCCUCCCCUCUAUUGGAAAAGUUUUUGUGCAAAAAUGUUCAGCUAUUGCUGAAGAGUGCAGUGAUGUCUUUUGAGUGGGGACAUUUCAAAGCUAAGGCUUUAUUAGAGUCAUUUGGUGUGGGGCGGCACAAACAAUGUAAGGUCUUCAGGACUAAUAACUGCAAGAUCCGAUUGCAGCAAUACUGUUGUGUGGCUGAGUCUGAGGCUCUGCUUGUCAGAGCAAACCCGAUAUCCCCACCCCAAUGGACUGAAUUGUUAUGCAUGUGUCAAUCAAUGGGAAGACGUGCAUUCUGUAGCUGUAGUUCUUAGGGUGUUUGGGAUUGUGUUUAAUUUUUUUUCCUUUGGUUUAAAGCCUGUUGGCUGUUGUUUAGCUAUAUGUUGUGGAAGAUUUUUUCAAAUGUAGCAUAUGGGAGUGCAAGGGGGGGAGGGCAUCGGGAAGGGGGCAGUUGGUAUUUAAAGUGCAGCAAACUCCUGCUUCCCCUCCAAAAAUGAUCAUCCUUUUUUUGUGAGCAGUCCAAUCCUGACAAGGUUCUCAAAAGCACUUAGUUUGUAGCAGAUCCUGGGGGUUCAGUUUAACUCCUAUAUUGUGAGAGGAUGUAACUUUGCCUGGCACAAGAAGGUGACCUCCAAAGAGGGCAUCAUCAUGGGGUUGCUGGUGGCAGCCCAUUCACAGGCAGUCUACAUCGUGUGAUCCAAAAACGUAUCUGCUCCUCUCCCCUUAUAUCAAAAAAGCCUUUGCCUCCUAAUGGGCACGAGGCCUCGCUUUUUGUUCUGAUUCCUUCAUACAGCUCCACCUCACCCACCCACCCACCCCCAACUACUUUUGUGGAUGUGCUGUAGAAUUUUUUUCCCCUUCUCUUCUUGCUCAAUAGCAAGGCUGUUGCUCUGCUUUCAUUUUAGGAAAGAAGAGCUUGGAGGGCAUUGUAUCAAUACUGUUUUCAGCUGCAAGGUUUUUUUCCUUGUGCAAUUUGAGGAAAGAACAUAUGUGAAUAUCACGUAAAGAGUUUUCUUUAUACCUUGCUAUUGACACUUUUGUGAUAUUUCUAUGUCUAGAGCCUGAAACUUGUAUGUAAAACUUGUUUGCAUUUGUUCAUUUUUGACUUCUAAUGUAUUUUUUUUCCUUUUUGAUUCUAUAUUGUUAGACUUGUAAUGUUUUAAAUUGUAUUUUAUUAAAAUUGGACUGGAUGUAUGUUUAUAGCAAUACGAGGUACUUUUUUUCUUUGGGGAAAAAAACAAAAAUCCUUAUUUAGGGAGAGGGGUUAGCAGCCCCUCACUGCGGUAAUUUGCUGGCUGUGUAUAACUGCAAUGUAUUUUUUCUUAGCCUGCAGGGAUUUUGUGUUCAUGUGUCCAAAAAAUAAAUAAAUAAAGGCAUUUGUGUGCCAAAUGUUUUCUUUA